GUCCCAUAUGUUGAUGGUUAUUUUUCGAGGGAACUGCCUUCCCUGGUUAUACUGAGAUUAGAAAGGUUGCAGUAGAAGCGCAAUAGCAGGGAGACUUAUGGGAAACAUGUCGGUUUUGUAUUUUGUGGUUCAAUUUGCUGGCUAUGCUUUUCUCCUUGUGUCGUUGUUGCUACUUGGUAUUUUUGCAGCUUAUUGCCUCUAUGUGCAUUACAUUCACUUGAAGUUUGAUCAUAUACCCGGACCUCCCAGAGAUAGUUUUCUACUGGGACAUGCUCCUGCUUUGGAUAAGGCAGUGAAGGGGUACAAGGUGAUACAUGACAAGUUCCUAAAAUGGACAGAAACGUAUGGACCUGUGUAUCGUGUGAAUGUUCUGCACAGAGUGAUGCUCGUUGUCAGUUGUGCGGAUGCUGUUAAGGAGUAUCUCAUGUCUCCAAAGUAUCCCAAGGAUCCAUACACCUAUGAUCUUCUGUUUAACUUGUUUGGUAAAAGAUUUCUUGGAAAGGGACUUGUGACUGAUGCUGAUGACGACCAUUGGUACAAACAGCGUAGAAUUAUGGACCCUGCCUUCAGCCGAAUGUUCCUGAAGGGUAUGGUGGGAGUUUUUAAUGAAAAGGCUGAAUGUCUAAUGGAGAAACUCGAGGAGAAAGCUGAGAGUCAGUCUCCUGUGGGCAUGCACUUCAUGUUCAACUGUGUGACCCUUGAUGUCAUCGCUAAAGUAGCUUUUGGAAUGGAUUUGAAUUUACUGGAUGACAGUGAGACUCCUUUUCCGCAUGCUAUAUCCACAUGCUUGAAAGGAGUGGCACAGUAUAUUCGAAAUCCGUACACGAUGUACAUGCCUUGGCACUGGAAGUUUGUGAAAGAAGUGAGAAAUUCUGCAGAACUGCUUCGUAAAACUGGAAAAGAGUGCAUUGAAAAUAGAAAGAGAAUCAUCAAGAAUGGGGAGGAGGUGCCGGAUGACAUCCUAACACAGAUUCUGAAGAGCGCUGAGCAAGAAGGAGACUAUGAUGAUGAAGUAAUGCUUGACAACUUCAUUACUUUCUUCAUAGCAGGACAGGAAACGACAGCUAAUCAACUGUCCUUCACGGUAAUGGAACUGACCAAGCAACCAGAGAUAAUAAAAAAGCUCAGGUUCGAAGUUGAUGACGUAAUUGGUUCAAAGCGGGAGAUUAAUUACGAAGACAUUGGCAAGUUAACAUAUUUAUCCCAGGUUUUGAAGGAAUCUCUGAGAUUAUACCCCCCAGCACCUGGCACAGCCCGCUGGAUCCCCAAAGAUACUGUCAUCGAGGGGGUACAAAUUCCUGGAGGAAUCGCAGCCAUUUUCAGCACUUACGUCAUGGGAAGGAUGGAGAAGUGUUUUAAAGAUCCACUAAAAUUUGAUCCAGGAAGAUUUCACCCAGAUGCACCAAAGCCAUAUUACUGUUAUUUUCCAUUUGCAUUGGGUCAUCGCUCGUGCCUUGGACAAACGUUUUCUCAGAUGGAGGCAAAAGUUGUGAUGGCAAAACUGCUGCAAAGGUUUGAGUUAAAGCUGGUUCCAGGACAAACGUUUGAAAUAAUGGACACAGGAAGUCUGAGACCCAGAGAUGGAGUGGUGUGCACAGUCAAGUGUCGGGUGGCUGAUUGCAAGGGAAAUACUUAAAUUGAUUGAUCAAACAUACAGAAUGUGGUUAACCAAUUUACCACAAAUCAUCAGUGACAUGUAUGCUAAAUAUAUACUAUGCAAAGAUAAGACAGCUGUGUGUUUUAACAAAAUCAGUAUGUUAAUGUUAAUUGUUAAAAAACAUUAUAUUAAAUAAUAUAGUAUUUUUUUUUUUUUGCCAUCUAGAAAUUGAGACUGGGAGGAUUUUUAUUUUUUUUAUUUACUAUAUUAGGGUUGUAAUCUGAAAUUACAUUUUGGCAUGAAUAAAGAGGGUACCUGAUUAUCAGUGUAA